GAUGUUAAUAUUUUGAGUGAUUUAUGAUAAACUUGAACCAGAACGUUAUGUACAAUAAUCCUCUGUCCUUCAAAACUGUGUGUUAUUGCUUUGUACCUAAACUGUAAAGCUUACCCCUUGAAUAUUGUUUAUUAUUAAUCUUCAAAAUGUCAAUAAAAGGGACAAAUCGUGCAUCGACUAUGGAAGAAUCGUAUACAAACACAAAUUUCUGGGGAAUCGACGGCUUUAAGAAUACGGUUAAGAGACUCGAAGACGGCGCUACUCUGUGCGAUGAAUUUAUGAAAAUGCUCCUUGAGCGAGCUGAAAUUGAAAUGAAAUACACACUGAAGCUUCGUGAAUGGGCUAAGCGAUGGAACGAAAAGAUUGCAGGGAAAGUUUCAGAGUAUGGCAGUACUUUGGAAGUUUUUAAAGCUACUCUUCGUGAGGCAGAGGAGAUAGCAGAAAUGCACGAUGAACGACACAAUCGCUUGAAAGGAGAAUUGUGUGAAUCGAUAAAGCAGUGGAAAGGCAUGCAUUAUCACAAAUCUGUUCUUAAAUGGAAAGAGGUUAAGGACUGUGAGCAUUGUUUCAAUAAGAUAUAUGAUCCCUGGUCAAGACGUUAUAAUAAAAUGGAUAAAUCGAAGAAGAAUUUUCAUCGCGCUGCGAAGGCAUCAGAAAACGCAUCGUUGCUUGUGAGUAAUGCCGAGAAAGACAACAGUCCGCCUGAAAAACUUAAAAAACUUCAAGAUCAAAGUUCAAAGCUUAAAUCUGACCUCCAGGAAACGAGAAAGAAGUACGAAAAACGUCUCUUCGAAAUGAACACCUCCAAUGAAUCUUACGCGAACGAACUAGAAGGGGAAUUUACGAAGUGGGAUAGAUUUGAAAAGAUUCGUUUAAAUUUCAUCAAGGAAACCAUGCUUCGCUAUCACAAAGUCCUGGAUAUAUCUGAAAAUGACAGGCUGAACAAUAUAUACAAGGUUUUUCUAAGCAAGAUUCAAGGCUCAGAUGCUGUGAAAGACUUAACAUGGUGGUCUACCCAGUACGGACCACUAAUGCCACAGAAAUGGCCUGAAUUUGAGGAUUACGAUCCUGAUAAAAGUUCAAAUUACAAAUCUCAAACCUUAACCACAAUGGAUGGUGGUGUCAGACAUAGCACUGAUAACAUUUCUCGUGAUGAACCAAAUGUCGUCGUAAGCACGAAUCCAUUCGAUAAUGAUGAUGAUGAUGAUGAUGAUUUUGAAGACAAUGUCCCUGAAAAUGACAUGAACAAUCAAUCAGAAGUGGAUGGUGUUGAAAAAGAAGUAAAUGGUGGCAAUGAAUACCAGUCAAAUGAGGAUAGCGAUGGGGUACCUGUACAAGCAAAGUAUGAUUACGUGGCGUCUGAAGAAGAUGAACUGUCUUUUUAUGCCGGUGAUAUUAUCACUCAGUUAUCUGGUGAAGAUGAACAGGGUUGGUGUAAAGGUAGACUUAAUGGAAAAGUUGGACUGUUUCCUGCAAAAUGGGUUGAUCCUGUGUGAACAACAAAAUACAAUUAUUUCCAAUUCUACUUAACACGUACAUCUAGGAACAAGUGAAUACAUAACACAAGUCGUUUUUUUCUGCAAUAUAUUGAAUAAAUUGUAAAGGCCAUGUUUAUAGAAUUGCAAUGGCCUUCACGGUAUUUGAAGCUAAUCUUUAAGUGAGCUUAUUAAGAUGGUACUUCAUCCUGGUGACAAAUAACUUUUAAUUUUACAUUUAUGCUCUGUUGUGUUUAAAGUCUUGUCUCGCACUGCUUCGUUUUAGGCUUAUUGUGUCGUAAAGUUCAAAUUUAAAGGUAGCUAUCUAGUUUUUUGUAGAAAUAGUGAUGUUUUCGCCAGUUGAUUUGAUUCGAUUAUAUGUAAUAGUCACAAAGGUUAUUAUGCUGUUUUGAAUUAACUUUAUUUUUACUGCACUUGAUUAUGCAGUGUUGCUGGCGUAUUAAGGACGAUGACUUGUUAUAAAUAUGACAUAUAUGUUAGGAUAAUCAUACUUAGAAUUUACUUGUAAAAACAUUCAAUUAAAUCUCCUCAAUAAGA